AUGUCAUCAGCUCAAUCUAGAUUAUCACAAGUUGCCAACAUUUUAAGUCCAACCAAGGCUCCACAUUCUCAUAAAUCACUUACACCAGACCAUCCUUUCAAAAUUGCAGUUAUCGGUUCCGGAAACUGGGGUACCACCAUUGCCAAAGUAUUAGCUGAAAACGCUCUUGCUAGACCUCAUUUGUUUAGUCAUUAUGUUAAAAUGUGGGUUUUUCAAGAACAAAUUGAUGGUAAAAACUUGACCGAUAUUAUUAAUAUCCAAAAUGUCAAUAUCAAGUAUUUGCCAGGAGUUAAAUUACCUUCGAACUUGGUUGCUGAACCAAGUUUAUUGAAAACUGUUGAAGGUGCGGAUUUGAUUGUUUUCAACUUACCUCAUCAAUUUUUGCCUAAAAUCUUGGCUCAAUUGAAAGGUCACGUUCCACCAACAGCAAGAGCAAUUUCAUGUUUGAAGGGAUUGGAAGUCAACAAAGAAGGUUGUAAAUUACUCAGUACAUACAUCACUGAAGAAUUGGGAAUUGUAUGUGGUGCUUUAUCAGGAGCUAAUUUGGCUCCCGAAGUUGCCAGAGGUAAAUGGUCAGAAACCACCAUUGCUUACACCUUACCUAAGGAUUACCGUGGUGCUGGUAAAGAUAUCGAUGAAUUCGUUUUGAAGGCUGCUUUCCAUAGACCUUAUUUCCAUGUCAAUGUCAUUGAAGAUGUUGCUGGUGUUUCCGUUGCUGGUGCAUUGAAAAAUGUCGUUGCGUUAGCUGUUGGAUUCGUUGAAGGUUUAGGAUGGGGUGAUAAUGCUAAAUCUGCCAUUAUGAGAGUUGGAUUAUUAGAGACUAUUAAAUUUUCCGAAAUGUUCUUCCCAGAAUCUAAGGCAUCCACAUUCACCGCUGAAUCAGCCGGUGUUGCUGAUUUGAUCACCACUUGUUCUGGAGGUAGAAAUGUCAAGGUUGGUAGAUACAUGGCCCAAACUGGUGCUUCUGCAGAAGUUGCCGAAAAGAAAUUGUUAAAUGGACAAAGUUCACAAGGUAUUGUUACUGCCAAAGAAGUUCAUGAGUUGUUGGAAAAUACUGAUAAAUUAGAUGAAUUCCCCCUCUUUGAAGCUACAUAUCAAAUCAUUUAUGGAUCGGAAUCAAUUGAAAACUUGCCUCAUCUAUUGAACUCUGAUUAG